GGAGCAGGAAACCCGGCGCAGCCAGGCGCAGCGGGCCGCGAUGCAGCAGCAGCAGCAGGAGUCGCCCCGGGGCAGCAGCGGCAGCAGCAGCAGCAGAGGCAGCAGCGGGCGGCGCUGAGCCGCCGCCGCCGCCACUGAGGAAGAAACCGGCCCAGCCGCCGCCGCGUUCCGACGCCCGCACCCGGAUCCAAGCGCCAGGAUCCCGGCGCCCCGACCCCAGCGCCCGCCUCCGCCAACUUUCACGCUGCCUCGGCGGCCCGGCUCGGCUCGGCGCCAAUGGUGGAGGCCAUAGUGGAGUUUGAUUACCAGGCCCAGCACGAUGAUGAGCUGACGAUCAGCGUGGGUGAGGUCAUCACCAACAUCAGGAAGGAGGAUGGAGGCUGGUGGGAGGGACAGAUCAACGGCAGGAGAGGUUUGUUCCCUGACAACUUUGUAAGAGAAAUAAAGAAAGAUAUGAAGAAAGACCCUCUCUCCAACAAAGCUCCAGAAAAGCCCAUGCACGAUGUAUCCAGUGGAAACUCUUUGCUGUCUUCUGAAACAAUUUUAAGAACCAAUAAGCGAGGGGAGCGACGGAGGCGCCGAUGCCAGGUGGCGUUCAGCUACCUGCCCCAGAAUGAUGACGAGCUUGAGCUGAAAGUCGGUGACAUCAUAGAGGUGGUAGGAGAGGUGGAGGAAGGAUGGUGGGAAGGUGUUCUCAAUGGGAAGACUGGAAUGUUUCCUUCCAACUUCAUAAAGGAGCUGUCAGGGGAGUCAGAUGAACUCGGCAUUUCCCAGGAUGAGCAGAUGUCCAAGUCAAGCUUAAGGGAAACCACAGGCUCCGAGAGUGAUGGGGGUGACUCGAGCAGUACCAAGUCUGAAGGUGCCAACGGGACAAUGGCAACUGCGGCCAUCCAGCCCAAGAAAGUUAAGGGAGUGGGCUUUGGAGAUAUUUUCAAAGACAAGCCAAUCAAACUAAGACCAAGGUCAAUUGAAGUAGAAAACGACUUUCUGCCGGUAGAAAAGACUAUUGGGAAGAAAUUGCCUCCAGCUACAGCAACUCCAGACUCAUUGAAAACAGAAAUGGACAGCAGGACAAAGAGCAAAGAUUACUGCAAAGUAAUAUUUCCAUAUGAGGCACAAAAUGACGAUGAAUUGACAAUCAAAGAAGGAGAUAUAGUAACUCUCAUCAAUAAGGACUGCAUCGAUGUUGGCUGGUGGGAAGGAGAGCUCAAUGGCAGACGAGGCGUAUUUCCUGAUAACUUCGUGAAGUUACUUCCACCAGACUUUGACAAGGAGGGGAAUAGACCCAAGAAACCUCCACCUCCAUCGGCUCCUGUCAUCAAACAAGGGGCAGGUACCACAGAGAGAAAACAUGAACUUAAAAAGAUACCUCCUGAAAGACCAGAAACGCUGCCAAAUAGAACAGAAGAAAAAGAAAGACCAGAGAGAGAGCCAAAACUGGAUUUACAGAAGCCCUCCGUUCCUGCCAUUCCACCAAAAAAGCCUCGGCCACCUAAGACCAAUUCUCUCAACAGACCUGGUGCACUGCCCCCAAGAAGGCCAGAGCGACCAGUGGGCCCACCGACUCAUACCAGGGGUGACGGUCCAAAGAUUGAAUUGACGGGCAGUACGCUAUCCAGCAUCUUGGACAAGGAUCUCUCAGAUCGCAGCAAUGAUAUUGACCUAGAAGGUUUUGACUCCGUGGUAUCAUCUACUGAGAAACUCAGUCACCCAACCACAAGCAGACCAAAAGCUACAGGGAGGCGGCCCCCAUCCCAGUCGCUCACAUCUUCCUCCCUUUCAAGCCCCGAUAUCUUUGACUCCCCAAGUCCCGAAGAAGAUAAAGAGGAACACAUUUCGCUUGCGCACAGAGGAGUAGACGUGUCAAAGAAGACUUCAAAGACUGUUACCAUAUCCCAACCUCUUCACCUUCCCUUAUCACAGGUGUCUGACAACAAGGCGUCCCUGCCGCCCAAGCCAGGGACCAUGGCAGCAGGCGGUGGUGGACCAGCUUCUCUGUCCUCGGUGGCAUCCUCCUCACUGUCGUCCUCUUUGGGAACAGCUGGACACAGAGCCAACUCCCCAUCUCUGUUCAGCACAGAAGGAAAACCAAAGAUGGAGCCUGUAGCCAGCAGCCAGGCGGCUGUGGAGGAGCUAAGGACACAGGUCCGCGAGCUAAGGAGCAUCAUUGAGACCAUGAAGGACCAGCAGAAACGAGAGAUUAAACAGUUACUGUCAGAGUUGGACGAAGAGAAGAAAAUCCGGCUUCGGUUGCAGAUGGAAGUGAAUGACAUAAAGAAAGCUCUUCAAUCAAAAUGAAUACUUGAUAACUGAGAUGUCUCAUUAUUCAUCCUGAGUCCAAGACUCAAAUUUUCUGCCCCAGCCAAAAUAAUCUUGUGCCAAAAGAUUAAAGGUUUGCCUCAACAUGUCCCUGUUUGAAAGAUUAGCACAAAAGUCUUGAUAGCACAACACAAUUCCAUCCAAGAGGAGAAUCUUCCCCCUGGUGUAGUCCUGGGUCUGGCACUGGUUGUGACUUAGAGCAAAUUGUGCUAGAGGCUUUUCUACCUUGAGAUCUCAUGCAAAACGAAAACUCAGGCAGUUUAGUCCAUAGUGGUACUAUUUUGAUGAUAUUUUCCAUUAAUAAAAUGUAAUUUCAGAUUAUUCGUUUACAAGCUUUAUAAUUUUAUGAGUUUUUAAUCAUGUUUUGUCACAGAUGCCCCUAGUGUUUGUACUCCACCUAGUCAGAAGCGAGUAUCUUACUCUUUGGCUUCAGGUGAAAGCUGCCUCGCUUUGUGUCCCCCUUUAGGAUUCUAUUACAUAUGCAAUUUUAGGUCCAACCCAUCCCUUCCCCUGCCAGCAGACCCCGCCACCCUAAGAGAAAUUUUAGCUUAUAUAUGAUGGUAUAUUUACAAAAAAAAAGAGAAAGAGAAAAUCUGGUAUUUGCAAUGAUCUGUGCCUUCUUUUUACCACCCUCUUGAUUGGAGCUUUUGUGAUGCAGCUACCAUGAUUCAAAAAAAGAAAAAAAGAAAAAAAAAAGUAAGAAAGAAAAAUCUGCCACUUAUCCAAGUCCACUAGAGGCCACUGUCUUCACAGCUUCUCUCACCCUAG